AGUAUUGAGCAAAUUAUCUACUUUUCCUUCUCCUUCCUGGACAGUUAACGAUCGGCGAGGUCUCGGCUCUCCGCACGCUGCUAUCGAGCGAGCCACGGCCGCCCUGUCGUCAAUAAGGACGGAGAGGGACUGGGCCGGUGAUUUGGAGGGGGGGUUCCCCGGCAGAUGAUGCCCUUUCCUGCGGGCCGGUGAGGAGCAGCACCGACCCCCGGCUUCCCUCCAGCAGCUUGUUGUUGUUGUCGCGGCGCGGUUGAUGCGGAGGUGAUGGACGGUCCUCUCCGCCGCCCAGCGGGGAUCCUCGGCUCCCCCCCGGCUUCUGGGAGCCAGCCCGCGGGCUCCGACAUGCUCAUCUCCGGCGGCGGCAGCAAGCCUCUCGCUUUUUCCAUCGACCGGAUUAUGGCCAGGACGCCCGAGCCCAAGUCGAUACCGUUGCCCAGCUGGUUCCAGUCCGCUCCCGUGGGGAAACCCGACGUCUGCCCGUCCUCGCUGCAUUGCAUGAUUCCACUGGUGCCGCUCGGGUACGAGCCGGGCCACCGGCUCAGCAUCACCGGGCUGGAUCCGGGACACUUCGACGCGUCUUCUCUCGCCGCUCCGGCUGACUUUUUGGGCUUUGGGUUGAACUAUAAGAACCACCAAGAGGACUCCGCUGUGAGCCAAAGCGCCGGCCAGUACAAACUCUUCAGACCCCGGGUGGUGAACCAGUCCUCCUUCCCCGCCAUGGGCACCGUGUGCUACCUGAACUGCAGCGGGGACAGCGGCGCGUGUGCCCCGCCGGCCGGCCUGGUCAACCUGCACCCGAUGGCCUCGUACCUGCUCACAGCCCGGCACAAAGCCUUCAUGGCGGAGAAAAGCAAGUCGGGCCAGCAGCAGGCCGGGGAGCGGUACCCGGUGUCCGGCGUCCAGGCCUUCAAGGAGCUGUCUCAGAGCCAGAUCCAGCACUACAUGAAGGAGCGGGACCAGAUCCUCACAGAUAAAAUCUUCAAGGGCUCUGCGGCGGCGGCGGCGGCGGCAGCAGCCCGACUCAGCGGCUCCUGUCCCGGCAGCAAGCCCAAAGUGUUCACCUGCGAGGUCUGCGGCAAGGUGUUUAACGCACACUACAACCUGACCCGCCACAUGCCCGUGCACACCGGCGCGCGGCCGUUUGUGUGUAAAGUUUGCGGGAAAGGAUUCCGACAGGCGAGCACGCUCUGCAGACACAAAAUCAUCCACACUCAGGAAAAACCGCACAAGUGUAACCAGUGCGGGAAAGCUUUCAACCGCAGCUCCACGCUCAACACGCACACGCGCAUCCACGCGGGAUACAAACCGUUCGUGUGCGAGUUCUGCGGGAAAGGAUUUCAUCAGAAAGGAAACUACAAGAACCACAAGCUGACCCACAGCGGGGAGAAGCAGUUCAAGUGUUCGAUCUGCAACAAGGCGUUCCACCAGGUGUACAACCUCACCUUCCACAUGCACACGCACAACGACAAGAAGCCCUUCACCUGCCCCACCUGCGGAAAGGGCUUCUGCAGGAACUUUGACCUGAAGAAGCACAUCAGGAAGCUGCACGACAUGGCCGGCACGCAGUCUUCCCCGCAGGCCUGAGAGCCGCUCAGCUCGGACCUGAACAAUGACUCUGUGCCCUUCAUCUGGCCGACGCACCGAGAACACGUCAGGCCUGAGACUGUACGUCCCACAUGCACACAUGUUGGUGUUAGAGAGAAGAUUCUGUGUCCUCCAAUCAGCGAGCUUUGUUCCCUGAAUCAGUGGUUUGGAUCCUCCAAUGACUGAAUGUGUUUCUUUUACUUGAUAACUGGUGACAGACUCCUGCUCUCAGAUGUCUUCAUCACUUCUCUCUCGUGCAGCCGUGACAUUAUCCAAAACCUUGAGGCUGAUUCUGAUUAUUUGUUUGAACAAAAACUCCUUUUUGACUCUUGAGGCCAAAAUCAAAGCUGCAGUGCUGAGAUAUGUUGACUUCCAGUCCUUAGUAUGUGGAACAGGGGGUCCUACAUUUCCCAUAAUGCAACUGCACUGUGUGUUUUGAUUUUAGACCCUCCCUGCCUGUCCUUCAAACUAUUUCUUUCAGACGACUCCUCACCAAACUGGUUUUCAUGUGUACAAUGAGUGAAGUAAAACAAUUUGACCCGCGGCGGGGUUUUGUUUGACGGACACGGGGCGGUCCCUUCUGAAAUGGAUAAUGACCCCCAUGCAGUGUGAGACUUUGGACUAUCCCAGUUGACGAUCGUGAUAGAAGAAACAUUCGGUCUCUGAUCCAAUACGAGCGGAGACAUCCUCAGUAUCCAGCAGUGUUGUGUCACACUACGGUGAUCCCUGUUUGAGGUCAGUUAAAGGUGCAAUGAGUAGGACUUCCAGCAGUGUGUGUGAUGGUGUGUGUCUGCAGAUGCUCUGCCUGGAUCUUCCUACUUUUCUGUGUUCGGGACGUUCGUGGACGUCAACCUCUAUAAAUAGUGACCAGGUGCCGGAUGGUGAGCGAGCAUCCAACAGGAAGCUGCGAGAAGCCAAAGACGAAGCUCGUUCCAAAACAAGAGUGAAUAUUGUGGUUGGCUUUCCACGGCGGCCCUCGUUGAGCCGGGGGGAGGAACAUGUUGUGCUGACCUACUCAUUGUGCCUUUAAGAUCAAGUAUUUCUGAUGAGAUGGUGAAUAAUCCACAAAAUAUGUCAUUUUUUAAAAUAUAAAUUCCCUCGAAUAACAAACAUGUCCCUUUGUGUAAAUGUCCCGUAAAUGUGACCCAGAAGAAACACUCGACUCCUCCAGUCUCCUCUCAGGCCUUUUGACCCCAAACUUGACCCCUUCCUCUUGAACCAGACCCUGCAAAAGCCAUCAGGACACUCCCUGACCCCUCCCGCCCGCAGUGGCCCCCUCAGACCCGAUAUGACGUGACCCCUGACCUCUCUGGCCCUUAACCCCGGCCUGGAAACUAGUCCAAGCCUCCCGCCUGGCCGCCAAGCGUCUGACUCUCAGCUGGGACUGACACGCUGAACUCUCCUCUGGUGGCUAUGAUUAUUAUGUCAUUAGAAGUCAGUGAUUACUAGUUUUAUUAUCUUUGAGUUGCAUCUCAGGAUGUGAGAUUGAUGAACUCUGACACCAGAGAUGUGGCCGAGGUGAAACAGGAUUUAUAACAAUAUUUCAAAACAAAAGUCUUUACAACAAAUGUUCUUUAUUUUGUUUUUGUCAACAAAUCCCAUAAAAAGACAAAACCAAGUUAUUUAUCCUGCUAACAAGUAUUGUGUGUUCAUCAAACGCUGAAACAUCUUCUUCCUCCAGAAAACUAUGAAGUGAAUGAGCUUCACCGACAUGCUCCUUCUGAACACACACCGUCCUUUAGUCUCCAUCUCACACACACCGUGCUGCUGCACCACACACUCACAAGAGCGCCGAAUGUGGAUUCAUCCGCCGCUGAAAAUAGUCCCCGACAAAAGCGCUCGCUCCUCCUGUGUGUGUGAGACAAAGUGAAGCGAUCAGCUGUUUUGGGAAACUACUGACGAGAUUAAAGAAGGCAGGAAGUAUUGAGAGACACAUUGUUGGUUUCAUUUUCAUGGGAUUUGUUGACAAAAAAUACAAAUAGACAUGUUUAUUCACAGUAUUCAUGAUCGCAAAGUGUUUGCUCCUCAGAGCUUCAAUGAAUCCUCUGUUCAUUCUUAAUGAGAACAGUCGUUCUCAUCUGUAUCUCACAGUUUAUCAGUAAAUGCAGUGACUGCUCCAUGCUGGGGGCUGAUGUCCUAACACUGGAGCAACAGUGAAGGUUGUGACUCCUUUAUACAACCUUUAUCAUUUAGUUUUGCACUUUUGUUCAUCAUUUCCAUCCGUGAUAACACCUGAGAUGUGGGAACACAGAGACAUCACCAGCAUUUCAACUAAAACAAAUAAAUAAUUGAAUUAUUCCAUCAAGAAAGACUCUGCAAUGAUUUUCAGAGACAAAUCAAAGCACACACUGUUGAUUGGAUGAUUGAUUACACCUCCAUAUUUCAGAUUCUUCUCCACUCAAACUCUACUAAUAACGAAUCACAGAUUUAAUUAUGCUACUUUUACAUCCGCUCAGAUCUGAUUUGAGAUGUGAUGCUUCUGUAUGUGCUGUAGUUGUGUGCACACAGCUCACCUGUGCAAUGAUGGAUAUUACCGACAUUUCAGGUGCAAAACAAAGUGUUUCCUCUUGUUAAUGACGUCAAAUGUUAUUAUUAUUAGAAAUGAUGGUCAAAACUAUCCUGUAAGCCAAGCUGUAAUAAGACAGAACUAUCCUUUGACAU